GUGACAGGGAGGGAAGGGAGGAAACCGCUCCCCGGGGUUGUGCACCGUCCCGGCGGCAGCCAGUGCACGCCGAGCUUGACGCCUGCCCGGCACGGGGGUGUCCGGGUCAGGCUGGGCAUGUCAACCAUGAGCGAGGCUUUCAACGAUGGCAGUGCCAUCCCUGCUCCGGGGACACCUCCUCUGCCUCGGGGGCGAGCCCCGAGCCUCGCGGGGGGCACGGUGGGGACACCGGCGCAAUCCCAGCCCUGGCAGAGCCCGCGUCCCCAGGGAACGUCUGACGGGUGCUGGCAACUGCAGAGGAAACAUUCAGCAAGACGGGUCUGGGCUUUGACUGUUGUGGCAAGUCCGUGGCGGUUUCCUAAUUAACGUGCUGCCAGGAGACGCUGCGCUGGCCGGCACCCGGCGUCUGCGGCGGCUCCUGGCCCGGCUGAGGAAGUGGCUGCAGCUUUUUUGGGACCCCCCUGGCUGUGGGAAUGGCUCCUUGGGUGCUCUCGGCUGCGCCAUGCCGAGGUGUGGGACCGGGUGGCAGACCUGGCUCUGGGAACCAAACCAAAAACCACGUGAAACAGGCAAAGAGCAAGACGCAGAGGGAAUCCGGGCACCCAUGGCAAGCCGUGAAAGCUUUGUGCUCCCAGCCCGGCCGCGUUCUGGGGUUUUUCUCCGCUUCCUUGGAAGCGUUUGAUGCUGACUGUGGUUAGAGGCGAGUGUUGGACCAGCAAAGCCCUACUCCGAGCUGGGCUGGCUGCGCUGGUCCUUCUGUCCCCGUCCCCCUGCCCUGGCAGAGCCGGCGCGCAGCUCCCGCUUUGCUGGAAGAGCACAGGGCGAGCGCUCACAGGGCUGGAAGCGGGAGGGUGACGCUCUGAAGACGCACCCGUGUCUGCUGGACUGGGACAGGGCGGCUCCGGGGGCCGGGACCGCGAGGCACCUGGAUGGCAGCCAUGGGGAAUACGGGCUCCGAGGGUCCGCACCACGCCGAGGGUCGGCACCACGCCAGCCCCACGGCGCCCAUCUCCGCAGGGCGAGGUGCGAGACACCUGGCCGGCACACGGGCUGUGGCCGGGCUUGGAGAUGCCGGUGCUGCCAGCUCCUGCCUGGAGGCUGAUGUUUUCCUCUCUGGACGCAGAGGGGGUUUCCUGGCCUCUGGUGCCUUUUUUUACCAGGUUACUCUGGUUUCUGUGAUGGAGGAGCAAAGUGGGAGCGCUGCUCCCGCCCGGCGUGGCAGGAGGCUUUGGUAUGUCCGCUCAUCAUUGGGAGGAGUUUGAUGGGAAGGAGAAGGUCCUAAAAAAUCAGGCACAGCCAAAAGAAACUCCCAGAGCCGGGGGAAGACUCAGGGCUCGGGGCUGGACCUGGGGACCAGCUCCACUGCCACCCAGCCAGCAUCGCCCAGGGCACCCCGAGGGGAAGCCCUGCUCCGGGGAGCGGGUGUUUGCCGCGCUGGGGGUCGGGUUGUUGCUCUAACGCUUAAAUCACGAGGUUUUCCACUUUUUCCUGCGGUAAUGGCUCUGGUGCUCGGGGCUUUUGUUCUUUAGGAAAACCCCAUCCUGGUGGGUUUCUCAGCAAGUGACACAGACUGAAAGUAUUCCCUGGCUCGCGCUGCUGCUAAAUAUCCAUUUUCUUUCCUUUUCCCCUCCGUGUUUUAGUUCCCCCACACACACUUCCCCACCCUGCUCUGAGUUCUUCCUCCUCCUCUUCCUCCUCAUCGCGGCUCAGUUUGGGGUUUCCAUCCAGUCCAUGGAAGAAUGCGAGGAUCAGACCCGAGUGGGGCUUAAGUGUAGGGAGGGAGUUAAGUGGAUGCUGAAGUGGCUGGUUUAACUAUCUCGAAGUGCUUUGCAGCCUGGGGCUCCGGUAGCCACUGGGGAGCCCUUGUUGGAGCUGGGGAGCCCUGGCUGGGGCGGAUCCUGUGCAUACGCCACCCCCGGCAGGGGGAUGCUGGAGGCUGGGGCAGAGCACGGCCCCGCUGCCACGGGACACGGUGCUGCUUGGGCAGUUUCCUGGGAUGGAGACAAGCAAGGGAGGAACGAACGCACACGCGUGUGCGUGCAACCCCCCGGCACGUGUUUCCGAGCUGGCCUCCGGGUCACCCUCGUCCAGCGCCGGGUCUCGCCGUCAGCAGCGGGUGCUGCUCCUCGGGGGCUGAACGCUCGUUUUCAGCCGUUUGGUUCAACGCCGGUUCCAGCAUCAGCCGCAGCCUGGAGCUCUGCUCUGCUCUGCUCUGCUGGGAGGCGUGUUUGGGUGUCCCUGUGCUCCCGAGGAGGCCCGUGCGUGUGCGCCGGUCCCACCGCUGACACCAGUGAGGGGCUCGGUGGGAUGCCCCCGCGCGGUGUCGCACAGCCCUGUCUGCCCCGAGCGCUGCCGCCCGGCCACCGCAGCCCUUCGUUAGCAGGCAGGAAUAAACGAUGAGCGCAGGCUGAGGUUUGCAGGGCCCUAAUCCCUUUCCCUUGUGUCUCUUUCAUCUCCAGUCGAACCAGGAGAGUUGUAAUAGACCUUCUUACUAAAUUAAGUGUAGAGGCUGCUCCUCCAAGGCACGUUUCAGUUCAACCGUAGUGUUUGAUUUCCCAGCCACAGCAAUAUGGUGCCUCCAGGGAAAAAGCCAGCUGGGGAAACUUCCAAUUCCAAUAAAAAGUGUAAGCGCUAUUUCAAUGAGCACUGGAAGGAAGAAUUUACUUGGCUGGAGUUUGACUAUGAGAGGAAACUCAUGUUUUGCAUAGAGUGUCGGCAGGCGUUGGUGAAGAACAAGCACGGUAAAGCAGAGAACGCCUUUACCGUGGGCACAGACAACUUCCAGCGCCAUGCCCUGCUGCGGCACGUCACCUCCGGCGCGCACCGCCAGGCGCUGGCGGUGAACCGGGAGCAGCUGGCUUUCGAGACCCGCGUCCACGGCCACCCGGAGCUGCGCUCGGUCAUCAAGGUGGAGGUGAACCCGGCGAAGGUGGCCGUCCUCACCACCGUCUACUGGAUGGCGAAGGAGGAGAUCCCGGAUGAGAAGUGCUCCUCCCUGCUUGACUUCCAGAAGUUCAACCUGUGCCAGGCGCUGCUGGCCUCUGAGCACAGCGAGUACUACCACCCCAGCAGCGUCCGGGAGAUGCAGGCAGCGAUCGCCAAAGUCCUGCACAACGAGGACAGGCACAGGAUAAAAGCCUCGCCGUUUGUUGGGCUGGUGGUGGACGAGACGGUGGACGUCUUGGAGCACCGCAGCCUCGCCAUGUUCACCACCACCGUCUCCCCCUGCAACGGGCAGACCUCCGCCACCUUCCUGGGGAGCUUCGAGCUGCCCGCCGGGGAGGCCUCCACGGUGGCGGGCAAGGUGGGCGAGGUGAUGCGCUCCUUCGGCAUCCCCACCAUGAAGAUCACCUGGCUCAGCGCCGACAGCGCCUCGCUGGUGGCCGAGCGGCUGAGCGGGGUGGGCACCGCGUUGACCUCCCUCUGCCCGCUCCUCAUGGAGAUGCACUGCCUGUCCCACGGGAGCUCCCUGCUGCCGGCUGAGAGCAUCGGCAGCAUCGAAUACCUCCAGAAAUACGAGACCACUGUGGAUGCUGUGUACAGGCUCUACUCCAGCUUUAGGGGGGAAAGCAAUGGCCUGCAGGAGCUGCGGAGCGUCCUGGACCUCUGUGAGAUAGACCUCGGGAGCCCCAAAGCCAUCCACUGGACUUCUAUUUUCCCAGCCGUGGAAGCCAUCGAUUCCUCGUGGCCCACGCUGGUGCUGCUGCUGGAGAGCGAGGCGGAGCGGUCGCCUGUGGCCCACGGCCUCUGCGAAGAGCUCAAGAAGUUCCAGUUUGUGGCCUUCACCAAGAUCCUCCUGGAUGUCCUCCCUAUCUUCCAGAAACUCAGCCGCUUCUUCCAGAUUGAGGACUUUGACCUCUCCAUCCUGAAGCCCAUCGUCUCUGCCACGGCCACCACCCUGCAGGCCCAGAAGAGCACCAGUGGCCAGAACCUCCAGGAGUUCCUCAACGAGAUGAACGAGCAUCCACGGGACGACCGGGAGGGCGAGAGCCGCCUCUACUACAAGGGCGUUGAGUUGGCCAACUGCUCCAAGGUGCACCUGAAGCACUUUGAGCGCCUGAAGGAGAGCUACCUGGAGAGCGUGCGGGGCAACCUGCUGGACAGGUUCCCUAGCAGCGUCCUGGAGGCCAUCAGCUCCUUCUCGGCCAUCUUCAACCCCAAGUGCUACCCCCAGUCUCUGGAGGACAUUGGCAGCUACGGGGUCAGCGAGCUGAACUUCCUCCUGCAGGCUUACUCCCGGGUGGUGGUGAGCGAGAGGGCCCUGAGCGAUUUCCCCCUCUUCAAGCGGAUCGUCUUCAGCCUCAGCCAGCUCUCCUUCAAGGACCUUUGCGUCAAGCUGGUCUACAGCAACUCUGAGAUGCACGAACUCUUCCCGGACUUUGCCGUACUCGCGGCCAUCGCCCUUGCCUUGCCACUGGGCUCGGUGCUCGCCGAGAAGAUCAGCCGGGGCCGGCAGCUGCUGAAGCGCGGACGGUCGCACCGCGCGAAGGACGAGGGGCUCUCCGACCUCAUGAAGAUCGCCAUCGACGGGCCAGCCAUCAACGAGUUUGACUUUGCGUUGGCCAUCGAGUACUACGAGAGCAUGAGGGAGUCCGGCUUCAUCGUGGCGCAGGUCAAGUGAGCGGUGGCCGGCAAAGGCAGAGCCCUGCGGGCAGGGAGCCGGGUCCUGCAGGCAGCCCCGAGUGCUGGCUCGAUGCCACCUUUCCCCCAUCGCUGGUCAACCCUGAGGCCGGGUGGCCGCUGGUGCAUGGUGACCUGCUCCAUGCUGGGAAGAGGAAACGGGGUCCUUCACGAAGCCAUGCUGGUCCCACGACCGUCCCUCCCUCAUCCCCCAAACAUCCAUCUGAGUUGGCCGGAAUUUAAAAUCUUGGGGCUACCUGAAAUCCCAAAUUGCGAUGAGGUUUGGUUUUUUUUUUCCCAAGGGUUUGUUAUUAUUUUCUGUUAGGGAGACGAAGGCGAAUCUUCUCUUGAGCUCAAAUGUCGCGUUGCCUUUGCACAAUGAUACCCAGCAGCUUUUUACUUAAUCCCCUGCAAAAAUAUCUGAUUUUUGUUGGUCUGGAGCCUCGAGAAUGAAUGCAGAAAAGGCGGCGCAUCGUUCUAGCUCCAUGGCAAGCCCUGAAAUGCCUGGCGGUGUCUUGUCGGUAUUCCUUGCGCACAGCACAAAGUAUUUUUAGCAGUGGCAUCAAGUCGUGAUCAUUUCAAGAGCAAGAGAUUUAGAGAAUGAUACUGUAAUCACUGAGGAAAUAGUAACUUUUAAAUGCAUCAUUGUGUAUAUAUGUGUA